AUGCCCGAGUAUAGAGUGUAUGUGAGAAAACGCAAAAGAAAAGAACAAUGUUUUUCAGUUUCUGUGAUCCCAAAAGAGCCUACUUUUCCUGAUCAAUGUUGUUCGGUUUCUGGGAUCACAAAAGAGCCUACUUUUCCAACUAGACCAGAGAUAAAAGAAGUUUUGUUUGAUCAAUGUUGUGUGGUUUCUGUGAUCCCAAAAGAGCCUACUUUCCCAAGAGAAGAACAAUAUUGUUCGGUUUCAAAUGAAAAAAACGAUGUUUUGUUUGAUCCUUGCAUGGUGUUGUCAGACAAAGAAGAGGAGCAAAGUUCCGAGAACUUAAGUUUGGGAUCAGUGGCCAAACUAGAUUUGAAAAUUUCCUUGGAUUCCCCAGUCACGGCGGGUUUGUUGAAUGACUGCGACCAAAAAGAAAAAUGUUCUGCUCCGGACUUACAUUUGAAAGUCCAUAACUUUGAUGGAAUAAAAGACUUAUGCUUGGAGUCCACUGUCACAAGCAAUAAAAAAGAAGUUAGCUUUAAUGCGAUUGAAGAGACAAUUUCGGGUCAUGGAUGCGAUGAUGGUUUAAAUCCUCCAUCAACAUGUCUGGUUUCAGCCGGCACCAUUGAAGUUUUAAAUACCUUGGAUAAAGGUUUUGAUGAUCGGGAUUCGGUAUUGAAUCAUUGUCCUUUCGAGGAGCUCUCAUGCUUGUUUGAGCCUAAAGUUUCUCAGCCUUACGCAAUGUCACAAGAUAAUGGAUUUAUGCGGGAGAAUGUAUCUUAUGAUCAAAUUCUUGCCAAUGAUUUCUUGAAUUCGAAGAAACAUCGGAAACCAAAAAGGAAGAUACAACGGCCGAAGGUGGCACAUGAUGGCAAACCAACCACACCAAAGCAAGCAAGGGAAAGGAAACCAAAGUUUGCUACUUCGAAGUCAGCCAAGGAAAAGAAACCGAAGCUUGCAGAGCAAGGUAAGGAAAAGAAGUCUAAGAAUGUAAGGAAGCAAACAAGUUUUGGCUUGAAGAAUGCCACAAUUGAGACCAAGAAUCUACCAAGCUUCAAAAGCAACAUGAUCAUAGAGAUCAAUCAAACCAAAGCACCCACUGCAAGGGCUUUGGAUUUUCAAUUGGAAAGUUUGGAUGAUAGACCUAUGGAGUUUGAUUCUCUUAGUUUCCCGACCCGAAAAAGGUCCAAAAGGAGGAAGAGAUUGAAUUUGUUCAUUUUAUUGGUUAAGAGUGUGAGAAAAUGUGUCAAGCAGAGAAAACUAUUUAAUGUUAAUUGGUUUUCGAAGAAAAGAAGGAUACAAAUGAAGAGGCCACAAAAGGUCAUUGAUGUAGAUGCCAAAGCACAUGAUCAGAUGGAUUUCUCAGCAAUGAUUAAUGGCAAGAGAAAACUAUUUAAUGUUAACUGGUUUUCGAGGAAAAGAAGGAUACAAAGGAAGAGGCCACAAAAAUUAGAACUCACUCCAACUCCAGUCACUGAUGUAGAUGCCAAAACACAUGAUAAGAUGGAUCUAUCAGCAAUGAUUAAUGGCAAGAGAAAGCAUAGAGCAAGAACACUAAAAGCCACUCUCAAAUCGAGAGGCCGAAGUGGAACCUCGAUCAAAAAGAAGAUUGAUUUAAUGAUUCAUGAAAUGCAAUCUUUGCAUAUCAGUGAUAACUCAUUGGUUCCAUACCAAGGACCAUUUCAACCUCUUAAUAAAAGAGUACCAAAAGUUGAUCUAGAUCCGGAGACUGUGAGAGAAUGGAACUUGUUGGUGGGAAUAGAUGUUGAUCGGACAAAAUUUGAAACAAGUGAAGAUAAGAAUAAAUGGUGGGAAAAAGAUAGAGAAGUUUUUGCUGGACGAAUAUCCUCAUUUAUUGCCCGUUUGCAGCCAAUACAAGGAGACAGAAGCUUUAGGAAAUGGAAAGGUUCAGUUUUGGAUUCAGUGAUCGGAGUUAUCUUAACACAGAAUGUAACAGAUGCAGCUUCAAGCAAUGCUUUUAUGUCGCUAGCUGCAAAGUUUCCUCCAAAACCAAUAGCAAGCGAGAGUGAUCAAUCUUAUAGUCAAGAGUUAGUUAGGAAUAACAUGAUUGGAUAUGAUGUAGAAGGUCUUCAGUACUUUGUAACUGAACCUGCGCAUGAAAGAGACAGAGACUUUGAGGAAGUAACAAAUGAUUUGAUUGAUGAAUUGGAAGAAACAAGAAUGAACAAUGAUUGCAAAGGUUGUUUUCAUGUGGUUAGUACAAGUCCGAAUUCAGACCUAAAUGGUGGCUUGGUUGGCGAAGAAACAUGCAUUAACACUGAUUAUGGAGGUUGUUUAAAGGUGAUCAUUGACACAAACUUGGCAAUAAAUUCUACUGAAAACCUCAAUGGUGCUUGUGUGUCCAUGGUGCAAAGUCAAUAUACUAAAAUUCCAAAAGGUGUUCGUGCUAAAAUACCAAAACUAAAGGAGCAUGAUUACUUAAACAUGGGUUUUUGUAAGAGAAAAUCUAUUUCAAAGAAGGAUGAAAUUGAUUCCAAGGAAGAAGAGAUUGAUUGGGAAAGUGUAAGGAUACAAUAUUCCACUGGUGAGAGAAAUAAUGAUCAAAUGGAUGCAGUGGACUGGGAGGCAGUCAAACUUUCAGAUGUUAAUGAAUUAGCCGAUUGCAUCAAAGACCGAGGCCAACAUAACAUACUUGCAAAAACAAUCCAGAACUUACUCAAUCGAGUGGUUAGUUUACACAACUGUCUUGACUUAGAAUGGCUACGAAACACUCCUCCGGAUUUAGCUAAGCGAUACCUAUUGGAAGUAAACGGACUGGGGUUGAAGAGUGUGGAGUGCAUACGGCUUCUAUCACUAGAACAAGUUGCUUUCCCGGUUGAUGUAAACGUUGCUCGUAUCGUUGUUCGUCUGGGAUGGGUUCCUCUCAAACCACUUCCUGAACACCUUGAGUUGCAUCGCCUUGAACUGUACCCUAUCUUGGAUGAUAUUCAGAUUUAUCUAUGGCCGCGAUUGUGCAAAUUGCCUCAGCGAAUAUUGUAUAAACUUCAUUAUCAUAUGAUAACCUUUGGAAAGGUUACUUGCACCAAGAUAAAACCAAAUUGCAACGCUUGUCCGAUGAGGGAUCAUUGCAAACACUUUCAAAGUCAAUAUGCAAGUGCAAAGAAAACACUUCCAUGUAACAAAAUGAAAUCAAGUUCGGUUUCAGCUUCAAGCCCUCGAGCAUUAGACGACUUCUUAUCUACACCAGAGUUUAUACAACUCCUGGAUAUUGAAGAUCUCAACAAGAUUUAUGAGCCUAUAAUUGAAGAACCUCUCUUUGAUAGUGAAAGUCAAACCAAGAUUUAUGAACCUAUCAUUGAAGAACCUUUCGAAGUUCCAUCGACAAUAUUCACAGAGUCUCAGAAUUCAAAGUUUGAUGAAGCUGAGAUUGAAUAUGAUUCUGAUGGAAUUCAUAUGAUCAAGCUAAAUAUCAAAGAUUUGGAAGAAAACAAUCUUAUGUUUGAAGGUGGUACGGUUUCAAAUGCUUUAAUCGCUUUGAAUUCAAAAGCAGCUUUGACCACAGCUCCUAAAUUGAAGCAAAAUAGACGGUUAAGAACUGAGCAUAUGGUGUAUGAACUUCCACGUAAUCACGUACUUCUUCAAGGGUUAGAUCAAACAGAAUCCGAACACGAUUGCCAAUAUCAUCUUGCCAUAUGGAGAUCAGGUGAAAUUAUAAAAUCAUUGGAGACAUCAAACAAUCGAUGCAGUUCCACAAGGUCUGAGCUUUGUGAUGAAGAAACAUGCUUUGCGUGUUGUAAUACUCGGGAACAAAAUGCCAACAUAGUUUAUGGCACUCUUUUGAUACCAUGCCGAUCGGCUAAUAAAAGUAGAUUUCCACUAAAUGGAACAUACUUUCAACUAAAUGAGGUGUUUGCUGAUCAUGAAACUAGUUAUCGACCCAUCAAGGUUCGAAGAGAUUUGAUAUACAAUCUUCCAACUAGGAUUUUAUAUUGUGGAACAUCCAUAUCUGCAAUACUAAGAGAUGAGCCAAUUACAGUUGUUCAGAAAUGCUUCAAUUCAGGUAUAAUUUGUGUUAGAGGAUUCGAACGUAGUCGAGGUGCUCCUAAACCCCUUGCAAGAAGAUUUCACAUUAUAUCAAGUAAGAUGUAG